CUUAUUUAGCAGUACGUACGUACGUGUAAACAGCAAGUAUAUAUUAUAAAGCUCUUACAGCACUGAGCGAGAUUGAGUUUUCCCCGACUAUACUACAAGCAAAACGUAUCUGGAACAUCCUUUGAGCCAUGUCUAAAGACAAAAAUUCGGUCGAUAACAAUGCAAAUGUCGACUCUAAGGAGGAACUUUGCAAGGCCAAUCAAAAACUGUUACCACACACGUUUGAAGAAAAAUCUGACAAUGAAAAAAUGUGCAAAUGUGAUUUUGAAGACACAAACCAAGGUGACCCUAAGGGGGAACUUUGCAAGGCCAAUCAAAAACUUUUACAACAUACAUUUGAAGAAAAAUCUGACGAUGAAAAAAUGUGGACAUGUGUUUUUGAAGACACAAACCAAGGUGACUCAAGUUCAUUGUUUUAUUGUAUGGUGCUAACUGAGAGAGCUUCAAAUACUAUCGAGUCAACAAACCCAUCAUAUACGAUUGAAAUCAAUUACGAAAUCAAAAAAGAGCCAAUAAAAGAAAGCAAAAACCUUUUGGUGUAUGAUAUCAAGAAAUCAACAAUUGAUUUGUUCUUCCAAAAGUUACGCAGUACAGAAACCAAAAAUGUCAUUAACGUAUCAACUGGGUUAGUUUCGUUCUCACUAAAUUUAGAUUUGAUCCUAAAGGAGAAAAAAAGCACAGAAAAUUCCCACUAUCAAAGUUUACCAUACACAAUUCAAACUAGUUCAACUUCAAAAGAUGGGAUCAAAAAGUAUCCAAAAAGUGAUGUUGACAAAAUGUUUAAGCAAAAAAAAGAUUUAUUCGCUGGUGGAACCAUAGACAUUACUCUAUCUAUGGUGGAACAACUAAACUUUCAGUACUCUAUCUAUGGUGGAACAACCAAGAACUCUAAACUUUCACCUACUAUUUUCUUAUCUGAUAGCACACCUGGAAAUUUUCCAACUGCCCCAAAAACUGAUGUCGUCCAUCAACAACCUCCAACUACCCCACAAAGUAACCCAGACGAUGUGUUCAAGCAGCAGCCUCUAACUACCCCACAAACUAACCUAAACGAUGUUGAUAAACAGCAACCUCCAACUGCCCAGAAAUCUCUUCCAGAUGUUGUCAAGCAGCAGCAGCUUCCAACUGCCCUACAAGAGGACGUUGUCAGGCAGCAGCAACCUCCAACUGCCCAGAAAUCUCUUCCAGAUGUCGUCAAGCAGCAGCAGCUUCCAACUGCCCUACAAGAGGACGUUGUCAGGCAGCAGCAACCUCCAACUGCCCAGAAAUCUCUUCCAGAUGUCGUCAAGCAGCAGCAGCUUCCAACUGCCCUACAAGAGGACGUUGUCAGGCAGCAGCAACCUCCAACUGCCCAGAAAUCUCUUCCAGAUGUCGUCAAGCAGCAGCAGCUUCCAACUGCCCUACAAGAGAACGUUGUCAGGCAGCAGCAUCCAACUGGCCCACAAACUAACCCAGAGCAUGUUGUUAAGCAGCAACCUCUAACUACCCCACAAACUAACUCAGGGGAGUUCGUUAAGCAGCAGCCCCCACAAACUAACUCAGGGGAGUUCGUUAAGCAGCAGCCCCCACAAACUAACUCAGGGGAGUUCGUCAAGCAGCAGCCUCCAACUACCCCGCAAACUAACUCAGAGGAGUUUGUUAAGCAGCAGCCAUCACAAACUAACCCAGAGGAGGUCGCAAAGCAGCAGCCUCCAACUACCCCACAAACUAACUCAGAGGAGUUCGUCAAGCAGCAACCUCCAACUACCCCACAAACUAACACAGAGAAGGUAGUCCAGCAGCAGCCCCCACAAACUAACACAGAGGAGGUCGUCCAGCAGCAGCCCCCACAAACUACCCCAGAUGAGGUCGCCAAGCAGCAGCCCCCACAAACUACCUCAGAGGAGGUCGUCCAGCAGCAACCCCCACAAACUAACACAGAGGAGUUCGUCGAGCAGCAGCCCCCACAAACUAACACAGAGGAGGUCGCCAAGCAGGAGCCCCCACAAACUACCUCAGAGGAGGUCGUCAAGCAGCAACCCCCACAAACUAACACAGAGGAGUUCGUCAAGCAGCAACCCCCACACACUAACACAGAGGAGGUCGUCGAGCAGCAACCCCCACAAACUAACACAGAGGAGGUCGUCGAGCAGCAACCCCCAAAAACUAACACAGAGGAGGUCGUCGAGCAGCAACCCCCACAAACUAACACAGAGGAGGUCGUCAAGCAGCAGCCCCCACAAACUAAUUACCCGGAGGAAGUCGUCGAGCAGCAACCCCCACAAACUAAUUACCCGGAGGAGGUCGUCAAGCAGCAACCCCCACAAACUAAUUACCCGGAGGAGGUCGUCAAGCAGCAGCCCCCACAAACUAAUUACCCGGAGGAGGUCAUCGAGCAGCAGCCCCCACAAACUAAUUACCCAGAGGUCAUCGAGCAGCAGCCCCGACAAACUAAUUACCCGAAGGAGGUCAACGAGCAGCAAUCCCCACAAACUAACACAGAGGAGGUCGUCAAGCAGCAGCCCCCACAAACUAACACAGAGGUGGUCAUUGAGCAGCAACCCCCACAAACUAACACAGAGGAGGUCGUCAAGCAGCAGCCCCCACAAACUGAGGUCGUCGAGCAGCAACCCCCACAAACUAACACAGAGGAGGUCGUCGAGCAGCAGCCCCCACAAACUAACACAGAGGAGUUCGUCAAGCAGCAGCCUCCACAAACUAACACAGAGGAGGUCGUCAAGCAGCAACCCCCACAAACUAACACAGAGGAGUUCGUCAAGCAGCAGCCUCCACAAACUAACACAGAGGAGGUCGUCAAGCAGCAACCCCCACAAACUAACCCAGAGGAGGUCGUCGAGCAGCAGCCCCCACAAACUAACACAGAGGAGUUCGUCAAGCAGCAGCCUCCACAAACUGACACAGAGGAGAUCGUCAAGCAGCAACCCCCACAAACUAACCCAGAGGAGGUCGUCGAGCAGCAACCCCCACAAAUUAACCCAGAGGAGUUUGUCAAGCAGCAGCCUCCACAAACUAACACAGAGGAGGUCGUCGAGCAGCAGCCUCCACAAACUAACACAGAGGAGGUCGUCGAGCAGCAGCCCCCACAAACUAACACGGAGGAGAUCGUCAAGCAGCAGCCCCCACAAACUAACACAGAGGAGUUUGCCAAGCAGCAACCCCCACAAUCUAACACAGAGGAGAUCGUCAAGCAGCAGCUCCCACAAACUAACUCAGAGGAGGUCGUCAAGCAGCAGCCUCCAACUACCACACAAACUAGCACAGAGGAGGUCAUCAAGCAGCAACCCCCACAAACUAACUCAGAGGAGUUCGUCAUGCAGCAGCCUCCACAAACUAACACAGAGGAGGUCGUCGAGCAGCAACCCCCACAAACUAACGCAGAGGAGUUCGUCAAGCAGCAGCCCCCACAAACUAACACGGAGGAGGUCGUCAAGCAGCAGCCCCCACAAACUAACUCAGAGGAGGUCGUCAAGCAGCAGCCUCCAACUACCCCACAAACUAACACAGAGGAGUUCGUUAAGCAGCAGCCCUCACAAACUAACCCAGAGGAAGUCGCAAAGCAGCAGCCUCCAACUACCCCACAAACUAACUCAGAGGAGGUCGUCAAGCAGCAACCCCCACAAACUAACUCAGAGGAGGUCGUCGAGCAGCAACCCCCACAAACUAACACAGAAGAGUUUGUCAAACAGCAACUCCCACAAACUAACACAGAGGAAGUCGUCAAGCAGCAACCCCCACAAACUAACUCAGAGGAGGUUGUCGAGCAGCAACCCCCACAAACUAACUCAGAGGAGGUUGUCGAGCAGCAUCCCCCACAAACUAACUCAGAGGAGUUCGUCAAGCAGCAACCUCCACUAACUAACUCAGAGGAGUUCGUCGAGCAGCAGCCCCCACAAACUAACCCAGAGGAGGUCGCCAAGCAGCAGCCCCCACAAACUAACACAGAGGAGGUCGCCAAGCAGCAGCCUCUAACUACCCCACAAACUAACACGAAGGAGGUUGUCAAGCAGCAGCCUCCACAAACUAACACAGAGGAGGUCGUCAAGCAGCAACCCCCACAAACUAACACAGAGGAGGUCGUCAAGCAGCAACUCCCACAAACUAACACAGAGGAGUUCGUCAAGCAGCAGCUUCCAACUACCCCACAAACUAACCCAGAGGAGUUCGUCAAGCAGCAACCCCCACAAACUAACACAGAGGAGUUCGUCAAGCAGCAGCCUCCAACUACCCCACAAACUAACACAGAGGAGUUCGUUAAGCAGCAGCCCUCACAAACUAACACAGAGGAGGUCGCCAAGCAGCAGCCUCCAACUACCCCACAAACUAACCCAGAGGAGGUCGCCAAGCAGCAGCCUCCAACUGCCCAACAAACUAACCCAGAGGAUGUCGUCAAGCAGAGGCCUCCAACUACCCCACAAACUAACCCAGAGGAGGUCGCCAAGCAGCAGCCUCCAACUGCCCAACAAACUAACCCAGAGGAUGUCGUCAAGCAGAGGCCUCCAACUUCACAAAACGUAUUGAUGAAUAUUCUGAGCAGUACAUUUUCGAAGUCACAGGGACACACUUUUGUUUAUGAAUACUGGUUUAUCAGAAUAGCAACAAUGACAGUCAACUCUCUAAAAGAACUUUUGCACAGGAAUACACUGAGUAGCACAUUGUCAAAGCCCCAGGAACACACUGAGUCUCUCAUUCACAAUGAAGUUGAUCCCCAAACAGCAGUGAUGCUUUGUCUCCAGGAAAAUGUUCUGGCCUCCCCACAAUCCAUCUUGAACAAUCUUCCUGCUAUUUGUUAUCCAGUUGUCCCUAACCCUUCCAUGUCAAGAAGGAUAACAUAUUUAGUUGUCUGCAAAUCUCUUAGUUGCUCUGUGAUUGUCGCACUCAUCAAUGUCAAGGUACCAAACAGCUGUACUGUUGGUCGAAAAAAGAAUCGAGUGCGUAUAAAACGACAAAAGUCCAGUUCCACUUUGGGAAGCACACCUGUCAGUGGUAGUGACUCUGGGGGGCGGGACGAUGAAGAGGAUGAGGAACAGGGAAAGAAGAAUCCUCUUCCUCCCCCUUCUGGAAUUGAAAGUGUUUUGCAGCCCAUUUUGAUUCGUAUCAUCGAUUUCAUCUGCUCCUCUUGGAAAGAAGAUUGGAAUAUGGAUUUCAGAGUUCGUCUUCGAAUCCUUUGGAGAGUCACACUGAUGUCUCAUUGGACUUUGUAUACGUAUCUACGCUUUUUAAAACAGCACUCUCAGUCAGCUCAAGCACCAAGUAUCGAAAGAGAAAAAUUUCCCCCAAGCAAGCCACAACAUGGACAGCCAUCUUCUCACACUUUGUACAGGCAAAAGUCAACGCUGUCGGUUUCUGUACGAAAACAAAUUUCUGGACCACGUACAAAGAAGGGCAUAUGUUUCAAAGCACCCAAGAACUUACAGAAUGAGCACAACACGCCACCUACCUGUAAGAAAAAUGUUGGUGCAAUGGUGACUGGUGCUUCACCGACUGCAUUUAAAGGGCGUAAAACAUUAGAGAGUGAGCCUAAAUUACCCUACAACCCACAUGAGGACACACUCUCGGAUGCACAGCUGGCCAAGUGCUUGGAGAUGGUGAUUGGCUACGACCUGCAUACGAGGUUCAGUGAAUGUCAUCUGGCAUUCCGACUCAGCCUUCCCAGCUGUUUUUUCAGAAUGGCGAUGACUGUCAACUAUAAUCUAUUAUUGAGGAAUAAGUUGAACAGCAUAUUGUCAAAGCUGCAGGAACACACUGAGUCUCUCAUUCACGAUCCCCAACCAAACAGCUGUCCUGUUAGCCAAAAAAGGAACCGGGUAUGCGCUAAAAGACAAAAGUCUAGUUCUAGCUCUUCAAAUUUGCACACUGCUUAUUCGACUACUUUAAGUUCCACUUUGGGAAGCACACCUGUCAGUGGUAGUGACUCUGGGGGGCGGGACGAUGAAGAGGAUGAGGAACAGGGAAAGAAGAAUCCUUUUCCUCCCCUUCCUGGAAUUGAAAGCGUUGUACUGUUCAUUUUGAUUUGUAUCAUCGAUUUCAUUCGCUUCGUGGUUUGCUUGUGGAGAGGCAGGAAUAUGGAUUUCAGAGUCCAUCUUGGAAUCUUCAAAAUGCUUUGGAGAGCCAUGCUGAUAUCUCCUUGCCUUUCGCAUCAUUCAACUCCUACGAUAGCUGCUGAAACUGAACCUCCGGAUUUACCUCAAGUGAAUCCAAAUACACCUUUCUUUGAGCACAGUGAUGACCCCCCAUACACUUUGGAGCCCUCACAAAAUUCUGAUGAGGACCUAUCUGGAUCAGCACCUAACCCAAUUUUGAUUGAAACUGACCCAUUGUCAUCACAAAUUCCUUUGCGCUCUAGUGCAGAACAGAGCGAGCUGGAUGAUUGUGGCCCAGAUUUUAUGAAUGCACACACGAAGGUUGCCGAUAAACCAAGCACUACUGUACGAGAUUUUAGCAAUAACAUUCCCAAACCAUUAGUACAAGCAAAUACACAUCCUCCUGAUCCAGCGUUACCAUCUAACAGUCAUCGAGAAAAGCCAACGUUUAUAUUGCCUCUGCUGCUCUUACUAGUAACUAGUGUAGGCUUCCUGUACUGCUCUGACAUUACCCACACAGGAAUUGGUGAAAAUAAAGCAAACCAAACCUUUGGUGCAAUACGGCUCGUUGGGAACAACUGGAACAUGUCCUCAAUUACAUCUGUUAACUACUUAAACUGGAACUUAACACAAGUGUACACCAAGUGUACCCCCGUCCAAACAACCACUCACCCAGACAGACUCCUCCUCUUUAAGUGCUCUCGUAAAAAGACUUGCUCUCAUAUUAAUCGUCUCAAACUGAGAAAUGGAUGUUACCACAGUAACGCCACUCAUGGUUACAGAGCGUGUUGUAACAAUUUUGUUGAAAUUGGAAUCACGCGUGAAGAAGUGAUAAAAACAUUUUUUGGUAGAAAAUUGCAGUUAACUAAACUUGACUUCCCAGUAGCAGUAGUAUGGAUGAACGAUAAGCUACUCGAAUUAUCACCUGCUUUUGUGUGCAAACUUCGGCCCAUGGUGGUUCCUCCGAUUUUGUAUAGUGACCUCGUUAUUGACGAAAGCAUGAGAUUGGAAGACCAUUACCACAUCUCAACACCUAAUAGCAGUGAUUUUUUAGCAAUAGAAUUGAGGGAAGAUUGGACGUAUACAAGUCAGAGUGAAUACCAACUGUCAUAUUCCAGAGAUGGUAUGUCAGACAGCGCUAAAAAAAGAGUUACAGACUCGCUCUCACACCCACGUUUGUCGAGGAAAAAACGAAAGAAGAGAGUCAGCCAAUCAACAAAUGAGUCGGUUAUGGAAAAUGAAGUUGACCAUAGAACAAAGGGAAGUACUCGAUUUGUCAAUAAAACUUUGCUUAGUUUGUUGAUUCUUUUCACCCAAUUUGUUCCAACCUCUUCGGCAAACAUUGGAUCUUCAAUUGAGACCUGUAGUUCGCUGUUUGUCGUGAUACUGAUAGCUUUAGUUGCUGCGAUGUUAGUAGCUGUCAUAUUUGUUGUGUUGAGAUUCAAAUACUUUCUUAGAUCCUCGCCUGACAAUUAUCCAGCUACUGCUAUUUCCAUUACCUCACAAAAAAACGAAGCCGAACCACAACAGAAGGUCAAAGUAGAUUUUACUGAUUGUGAAGCUGCGCCGUUAGAUGAAAGUAUCGAAAUUUUCUCUGACUCGUCUACCGGAAUUGAUUCACUCACACAUCAAACAAGUAUUGUGUCACCUCCUGAUAUUUCGUAUGAUCCUGCAGACUUUGGCCCAACUCUUGAACCCACUAGCAAAACUAAAUUUGACUUGCACAAACGUCCAAAUAUGACCGUCAAUCAGGAUUCCGCAUUGAGUAUUCCAUUUUCUGAAACUGAAGACGCCAGUAACACCACAAUGGAGAAUGAACCAAUCUCUAUGACUACCAGUAGUCACACUCUCAAUAGCACAGCAAGUGAUUUUAACCGUUUCAGUAGCUUUGAUCCACCUUUUGGAGAUAGAAGAGUAGCAUCUGGAGUUUGUGUAGGCGGGAAUACCAAUCCAACUACUGUCGGAACUCCUCACACAAAGCAGGAACAAAGAUUUAAUAUUGACGAUGUUGCCUCAGCUCCUGGUAACAAAGACUCAACGUUACAGUGUAAUCCCUUACAGUUUGUUUCUGGAAUUGGAUUGGUGGAGGUAAACUCUACACAAUCCACUAAUGGACAACCGAAACAGCAAACACCUGCAUCUUUUGAUACACCUCAACUGAUUGUACAAUCGCCUAGGAGUUGUUUACUGGAGAUUUGUUCACAGGUUGUAAUGCCACCAGUAAUUCAUCCACUUCCACUGCCAACGAAUAACCUAGCUGAUGAUCAACCUCGCUCUCAAAACAUUCCUGGUGGAGAUGCUCAGUCGAGCUGUAUCUCAGUACAGCAUACCACUGAUAGUCCCUCGGUUUCGAUAGUACCUCCGCCGUGUGUUAUUAUAGGGAAUGCUACUGGAGGUGCAAGUUUAAGUAUGCAUUGUGCGCUGUUGGUUUGUGAAGAAACCAAUAGUUCUGGACAACUAAUAGUUGCUGUAGGUAGCAGUGAAAUUGAGCUAUGCAAUCCACAAAACUCAGACACUAUCGUUGCAGUCAGCCAUCACCUAGGCCUUAGGGGCAAUUCCUCUAACUGCUUCAACACUCUCACGGGAGAGCACCAGCAGAUGGGAGAGCUGGAGCUUGUCCCUGAAAUAGAGGACCCACCGCCAGAAAAUUCAAAUGUUAUUAUUGCUGAGUACAAUGAUAACACAUUGUUUCACGGUCUUCGCCCGAGAUACUCUCAAGCGUACAGAGACCACACUCCACAUUAACUGUACAACUAACAUUGUACGUACUGCAAAGCACCAGCUGGUAGGACAUGCAACAUAAUUAGUAAAUUUUCUACCCUUUUAAUUUGUACAUUUGUAUAUUUUGUAACCCAAGCGCCAAAGGAUUUGUAUCAUUUCUAGUUAUUAUUAUUAUCGCGCAUAUCCAAAAUUAAUGUUUCUACCCAAUAUUAUUUUUGUCAGCAAACUCAUUAAAAUGUGGUGCAAGAAUAAUAAUUAUUUCUGUCAUCGCUAUAUUUUACAUUA